AAUAAUAAUAAUAAUAAUAAUAAUAAUAAUAAUAAUAAUAAUAAUAAUAAUAAUAAUAAUAAUAAUAAUAAUAAUAAUAAUAAUAAUAAUAAUAAUAAUAAUAAUAAUAAUAAUAAUAAUAAUAAUAAUAAUAAUAAUAAUAAUCAUAAUAAUAAUAAUAAUAAUAAUAAUAAUAAUAAUAAUAAUAAUAAUAAUAAUAAUCAUAAUCAUAAUAAUAAUAAUAAUAAUAAUAAUAAUAAUAAUAAUAAUAAUAAUAAUCAUAAUAAUAAUAAUAAUAAUAAUAAUAAUAAUAAUAAUAAUAAUAAUAAUAAUAAUAAUAAUAAUCAUAAUCAUAAUAAUAAUAAUAAUAAUAAUAAUCAUAAUCAUAAUAAUAAUAAUAAUAAUAAUAAUAAUAAUAAUAAUAAUAAUAAUCAUAAUCAUAAUAAUAAUAAUAAUAAUAAUAAUAAUAAUAAUAAUAAUAAUAAUAAUAAUCAUAAUAAUAAUAAUAAUAAUAAUAAUAAUCAUAAUAAUAAUAAUAACAAUAAUAAUAAUAAUAAUAAUAAUAAUAAUAAUAAUAAUAAUCAUAAUAAUAAUAAUAAUAAUAAUAAUAAUAAUAAUAAUAAUAAUAAUAAUAAUAAUAAUAAUAAUAAUAAUAAUAAUAAUAAUAAUAAUAAUAAUAAUAAUAAUAAUAAUAAUAAUAAUAAUAAUAAUAAUAAUAAUAAUAAUAAUAAUAAUAAUAAUAAUAAUAAUAAUAAUAAUAAUAAUAAUAAUAAUAAUAAUAAUAAUAAUAAUAAUAAUAAUAAUAAUAAUAAUAAUAAUAAUAAUAAUAAUAAUAAUUAUAAUCAUUAUAAUAAUAAUAAUAAUAAUAAUAAUAAUAAUAAUAAUAAUAAUAAUAAUAAUAAUAAUAAUAAUAAUAAUAAUAAUCAUAAUAAUAAUAAUAAUAAUAAUAAUAAUAAUAAUAAUCAUAAUAAUAAUAAUAAUAAUAAUAAUAAUAAUAAUAAUAAUAAUAAUAAUCAUCAUAAUAAUAAUAAUAAUAAUAAUAAUAAUAAUAAUAAUAAUAAUAAUAAUAAUAAUAAUAAUAAUAAUAAUAAUAAUAAUAAUAAUAAUAAUAAUAAUAAUAAUAAUAAUAAUAAUAAUAAUAAUAAUAAUAAUAAUAAUAAUAAUAAUAAUAAUAAUAAUAAUAAUAAUAAUAAUAAUAAUAAUAAUAAUAAUAAUCAUAAUAAUAAUAAUAAUAAUAAUAAUAAUAAUAAUAAUAAUAAUAAUAAUAAUAAUAAUAAUAAUCAUAAUAAUAAUAAUAAUAAUAAUAAUAAUAAUAAUAAUAAUAAUAAUAAUAAUAAUAAUAAUAAUAAUAAUAAUAAUAAUAAUAAUAAUAAUAAUAAUAAUAAUAAUAAUAAUAAUAAUAAUAAUAAUAAUAAUAAUAAUAAUAAUAAUAAUAAUAAUAAUAAUAAUAAUAAUAAUAAUAAUAAUAAUAAUAAUAAUAAUAAUAAUAAUAAUAAUAAUAAUAAUAAUAAUAAUAAUAAUAAUAAUAAUAAUAAUAAUAAUAAUAAUAAUAAUAAUAAUAAUAAUAAUAAUAAUAAUAAUAAUAAUAAUAAUAAUAAUAAUAAUAAUAAUAAUAAUAAUAAUAAUAAUAAUAAUAAUAAUAAUAAUAAUAAUAAUAAUAAUAAUAAUAAUAAUAAUAAUAAUAAUAAUAAUAAUAAUAAUAAUAAUAAUAAUAAUAAUAAUAAUAAUAAUAAUAAUAAUAAUAAUAAUAAUAAUAAUAAUAAUAAUAAUAAUAAUAAUAAUAAUAAUAAUAAUAAUAAUAAUAAUAAUCAUAAUAAUAAUAAUAAUAAUAAUAAAUCCAUUUUAGCAAUACUAUCCCACAUAAUAAAAGAUCAGACUGGAUGGUUAUACAUUGACAGAGUAAACCACAUCUCUGUUAAAUAUUUUCCGGAGAUAAUAAACAGCGAUAAUGAUGAUGAUAAUGAGGACAAUGAUACUCGAUUUGUUUUAUCAUGCGAUACACGUAAUGUUGAAAAUGAAAGGGAAAAUGAGGAUAUCGACACUCUUGCGCAAUUAAUACCAGAAGAAGAUGAAUUUCAUAUGAAAAAUGUCUGUAUUGGGGUACAACCAGCCCAAAAAGAGCAAGAAUAUAGACUUCGUGUAAUAUCUGAAGCCCGUAUGGAUGUCACUUCUGAUUCAGAAUCGGAGAAUAGUGAAACACCCUCGUUAAUAGGUGCUCAACAAAAUGGUGUUUUAACAUGGAGUGCCCGUUUGAAAACCCAACUACCUAAUCAACAUGUAGCCUCACAACGUUCUGAAGAGAACAAUUUUUGGAGUGUAGAACCGCCGGGGCAACAUUUUGUUAUUGAAUAA